GUUCGGCGACAGGUAAAGGUGGCGCAAGGCGGCACAUGAAAGGGCGGCCGCGACCACCCCGCCGGCGCCACGUGCACUCCAGGCGGUGCGGCAGACGUCGCGGCGGAAGGCGUGCACCUCUGGAGCACUUGUGUGACGUCAAUGGACUCCUAUAUAAGCUCUGCCCCGCCGCUACUUUGUCAAACAGUCUCAGUGCCUUCUAAGCUCCAAAGCAACCUAUACUAGCAAUCAGCACAAGUACAGCGCCCACCUGCGGGUCUUCAGCACGGCAGUAAAGACCAACACUUUAUUCCAGUUACCUCCUGUCCAUUGUACAAAGAUGUGGCUCAAGGCAGUUGUGGUGGUGGUGGUGAUGCUGGUGAUGCCAGUAUCACCCCGACCAUACCAGGCGCAGAAGGGAAGUAGCAAGAUAGAGAGCGCCGUUUCUGAGAGUUUGAGGGACAUUGAAGCUGCCUUCAUGGGGAGUGCCAGGAAGAUUGAGGAUGCCAUUGACGAAGCCAUCCAGGAAAAGGUGUCUGAGAAGAGUGGCAAUGGAAAGACACAAGACAGCCUGGUGAACAAUGCUGCUAUCAUUGGUGAGUUCAACAAGAAAGCCUUCAGGAAUGUGCUUGCCAAGAUCUUUGCCAGGAAGCGUGCCAGUGCCAUGAAGGCUGGUGUUGCCUCAGCACCCGGCAGCCCCAGGGACGACACCUCCACCACUACUAUGGACCCGCUGGACGAGUACUGCAAGGAAGCCUGUGAGGCAGGUGUAGGCGGUCCCGAGUGUGACUGUCCUGACCAUCCCAUUGGUUAAGCUGCUGACCUGAUUGUGUAACCCAAGGAAGGGGGUGGUGCUGCACCUCAACACACACACACACACACACACACACACACACAAACUGUGACCAAUGUAGCUGCAGGCUGCAAAGGAAACAGAAAAGGUCACAUGGCUCAAGACUCAUCCUCACUCGGGGAACACCUUCAUGAGAGCUCGUGCUGGUGACCCUUGGCGAUCUCAUCUGUCAGAUGCUGGCGCCGCCUGGCAAGGUCAUGUGUGACCUACAACUACCAAUUUGUAUAUGCUUUUGUGAUACAUGUAGUGCACAAUUUGUAGGCUUAGCAAACUGUUACUUUAAUUCCUACUGAAGGCUGUGAGUAAAUGUUGAGCAAAGAAA